GAAGUAGUUGGCGCUGAAAGUGCAAGUGCGCAUGUGCAGAACCUCAGGCUUGUCAUGCUUUCUAUUUCUCACAAGUGAAACUUCUAGGAAAUAAACAGUACUCAGUAGGAAUGGACGCUAAAGAAGAGGUGGAGAUUUGCAGCCACUGCAAUAAAGAGGUGGUGAAGACGAACCUCCCCAUGCAUGAAGCUCACUGCCAGCGGUUCCUGUGUCUCUGCCCUGACUGUAAAGAACAGGUGCCCAAGGAUCUGCUGGAGGAACAUCGAAAGGAACAACACACUAUGAUCAAAUGUAAGCAGUGCAACAUGAAGCUGGAAAAAUUCAAGCUACCAGAUCAUGAAUCAUACGAAUGCAAAGAGAGGAUGCAGAGUUGUGAGUAUUGUCAGCUGUCUCUCCCUUUGAGUAAAUUGGAGGAACACGUCGUGACCUGUGGGAGUCGGACAGAACGCUGUCAGCACUGUAACCAGUACGUCAUCCUUAAAGACCAGCUCCAGCACGCUCAGAUCUGCAUUGCUGAAGACUUACAAACUAAAUCCAUUCAUGGAAAUGUAAAGCCAGCGAACUCUCAGCAAGACAAUGGGCGUUACAAAUACGUGAGGAACUCUUCGAAAGAUCAGACUGACUCUGAGCCAAAAGAUGCGAUCCUGUCGCUGUCGGAUCUGAUGAAGAAGAAGAAGAAGCAGAAUGAUAAUCUGGGUUGGAUAACAGACCCAGAUCAGAUCAACACCUGUCCGUACUGUCACCUGGCUCUGCCAGUAAACAUACUGCGAUGGCACGAGGAGAAAUGCAGGAUUGUGGAAGGUCUGAGAAGGAUGAGCGAGGCAAUGGAUGCGAGCGGAAAGAAGUGAGAAAUAAACCUCUUGACAUGCAGAGACGCUUUCAGAAACACAGGUGAUGACAUCAGAAUGAAAUGAAUGAACAAGCACUGUUUACUCAAGUCUUUCAGACAUCUGGAAAAAUCAACCAGAGCUUUUGGCGAGCAUUAUUAUUGUAUUUGAAAUUUAUGAUUUUUUUUUUUUCCAUUAAAUUUAGCUUUAUUAAAUGUUUGAAGAAGAUAUGAUAAACUUUGAUGAAUAAAAGGAAUGAUUGCAAAAACGAUGUAGAUUUAUAGAUAGAUAGAGAGCAUGGUAAUGUUUUUUGAAAAGGAAUUAUUUAUCCUUGUUUUAAUACCGUGAAUGAUGAAUAUUUAUUUUUAAUAAAUAUUUUGCCCUUUUUUUAAUAGCUUUAUCAAUUGGUAUGAGUUCCAUUUAUUUAAAAAUAAUAUAUAUAUAUAUAAACAAAUGAAACUCAUACCAAUUGAUAAAGCUAAUAAAAUCUUUAUUAAUUAGAUAGAUAGAUAGAUAGAUAGAUAGAUAGAUAGAUAGAUAGAUAUCUAGAUAUAUUGGAUAGAUAGAUAGAUGGAUAGAUAGAUGGAUGGAUAUUGUAAUUGAUACAUCUCAUACGAUAAAAAAAAAUCAAAAAUUAAAACUCAAACUAAAGCUGUGUAACUUUUUGUUGUACAUGUUAUUACUGAACACUUUCUCUGAACCGACCUGUGAGUCGAGCACCUAAACCGAUUCAUUGAUUCGCGCGCGCGUGCGGUAGUUGUGUGAUUCUUCUGGGGCACCAAGACACCUUGGCUUUUUUUUUUUUAUCCUUUAUCUCCAAUAAAUGCUCGUAUUUG